AUGUCCGAGUCGGAACCAGAUAGUCCAGCAGAAGACAUAUCGGAGCCUGAAGACUCUCCUGAGCCUGUAAGUGGGCCAUCCAUUUUGCUGAAGACCCCACCAAAAGCUGGCAAAGAUGAGGCCUAUGAGGAGAAGUUGGAGAAGGAUAGAAGCAACAGAUUCAACUUCUUGCUGAAGCAGACAGAGUUGUUUGCUCACUUUAUGCAGACUGGAGCCCUGGCGGGAGGGGGCGGUCCAACCAGCCCUCUCAAGAUGAAGGGUCGUCCAAGACUCAACAAGAACGAUGAAAAGUCAAAGCUUGUUGCAGCAGGAGAUCAUCGUCAUCGAAGGACAGAGGAAGAGGAAGAUGAGGAACUUCUUUCAGAAUCCAAGAAAUCUAACAACGUUCUUGUGAGAUUUGAAGCCAACCCAUCAUACGUAAAAGGGGGUGAGAUGAGAGAUUAUCAGAUUCGAGGUCUUAACUGGAUGAUAUCAUUGUAUGAGAAUGGAAUCAACGGAAUUUUGGCUGAUGAAAUGGGUUUAGGCAAGACACUACAGACCAUUUCCUUGCUGGGAUACAUGAAACAUUACCGGAACAUUCCAUCGCCUCAUCUGGUCAUUUGUCCCAAGUCCACGCUGGCCAACUGGGAGGCAGAAUGCUUGCGCUGGGUUCCAUCUCUCAGAGCUGUCUGUUUAACUGGUGAUCAGGAAAAAAGGGCUGCCUUUAUUCGAGAUGUCCUUGUUCCCGGUGAAUGGGACGUGUGCAUAACCUCCUACGAGAUGUGCAUCCGUGAAAAGUCUGUCAUGAAGAAGUUCAACUGGCGAUACAUAGUCAUUGAUGAAGCUCAUAGGAUCAAGAACGAGAAAUCUAAAUUGUCAGAGAUUGUCCGAGAGUUCAAAUCCACAAACCGGCUGUUGCUAACAGGUACACCACUGCAGAACAACCUGCACGAGUUGUGGGCCCUGCUGAACUUUCUCUUGCCUGAUGUCUUCAACAAUUCAGAGGAUUUUGAUUCGUGGUUUAAUGCCAACAAUUGCCUUGGGGAUCAGGAGCUGGUGCAGAGGCUUCAUGAUGUGCUGCGACCAUUUUUGUUGAGAAGAAUCAAAUCUGAUGUGGAGAAAAAGCUGCUGCCAAAGAAAGAGACCAAGGUGUUUAUUGGCUUGAGUAAAAUGCAGCGAGAAUUGUACACCAAAAUCUUGAUGAAAGACAUUGAUGUGGUGAAUGGGGCUGGGCGCUCCGACAAAAUGAGACUGUUGAACAUUUUGAUGCAGCUGAGGAAGUGUUGCAACCAUCCAUACUUGUUUGAUGGAAUGGAGCCAGGCCCCCCUUACACCACAGACUUCCACCUGGUAGAGAACUGUGGCAAGAUGGUCAUCCUUGACAAACUGCUGCCUCGACUGAAGGCUGAAGGUUCCAGGGUGCUCAUCUUCAGCCAGAUGACCAGAAUGCUGGACAUCCUGGAGGAUUACUGCUUCUGGAGAAACUACGAGUACUGCAGGUUGGAUGGACAGACUCCGCAUGAAGAAAGACAGAAAUCAAUCCUGGACUUCAACCACCCUGAAAGUCGCAAGUUUAUCUUCAUGCUGAGCACCAGGGCCGGAGGUCUGGGUAUAAACCUGGCCACCGCAGACAUCGUCCUCUUGUUCGACUCUGACUGGAACCCACAGGUGGAUCUUCAGGCCAUGGAUCGUGCACAUCGAAUUGGGCAGCUGAAACAAGUGCAUGUGUUCAGGUUCAUCACAGAGAACACCAUAGAAGAGAGGAUUGUGGAAAGGGCAGAGAUGAAGCUGCGACUGGACAACGUUGUCAUACAGCAAGGCCGUCUGGUUGACCACAACGCCAGCAAACUGGGCAAGGAUGAGGUUCUGAACAUGAUCCGGCACGGAGCCAGUCACGUCUUUGCUUCCAAGGAGAGCGAGAUUACUGACGAAGACAUUGAUGCCAUCUUGGCCAGGGGAGAGAAGAAGACCAAUGAGCUGAAGGAAAAGAUGGACCAACUGGGCGAGAGCAGCUUGCGGACAUUCACCAUGGAUGCUCCAGACAGUGUGUACCAGUUUGAAGGCGAGGACUACAGGGAGAAACACAAGCUGGGCACCAUUGGGGCCUGGAUCGAGCCUCCCAAGAGAGAGCGAAAAGCCAAUUAUGCUGUUGAUGCUUACUUCAGAGAGGCACUGCGUGUCAGUGAACCCAAGGCACCCAAGGCGCCUCGUCCACCCAAACAGCCCAGCAUCCAAGACUUCCAGUUCUUCCCACCGCGCCUGUUUGAGCUUCUGGACAAGGAGAUCUAUUACUUCAGGAAGACUAUUGGCUACAAGGUUCCUAAAAACCCAGAGUUCGGUGCAGACGCUGACAGAAUCCGUAAAGAAGAGCAAGGCAAGAUUGACCAGUCAGCCCCACUUGAUGAAGACGAACUAAUUGAGAAGGAAGGUUUACUCAAAGAGGGUUUCACCAACUGGAGCAAGCGAGACUUCCAACAGUUUAUCAAAGCCAACGAGAAGUUUGGUCGCGAUGACAUUGAAAGCAUUGCCAGAGAAGUAGAAGGCAAAACACCUGAAGAGGUCAACCAGUACAGCAGUGUGUUCUGGGAGCGCUGCAAUGAGCUGCAGGACAUCGAGAGAAUCAUGGCUCAGAUUGAACGUGGAGAGGCCAGGAUCCAGCGCAGGAUCAGCAUCAAGAAAGCUUUGGAUGCUAAGAUGUCGAGAUACAGAGCUCCGUUCCACCAGUUGAGAAUCCAGUACGGGACCAACAAGGGCAAGAAUUACACAGAAGAGGAAGACCGUUUCCUGGUCUGCAUGCUGCACAAACUGGGCUUCUACAAGGAGAAUGUCUACGACGAGCUGCGACAGGCAGUCAGGCAGGCACCCCAGUUCCGCUUUGAUUGGUUUAUCAAAUCCAGGACGGCCAUGGAACUGCAGCGAAGGUGCAACACUCUAAUCACUCUCAUUGAGCGAGAGAACAUGGAGCUUGAGGAAAAAGAGAAAGCAGAGAGAAAGAAGAAAGGAAAGGCAACUCCAAAGGGAGUCAAGAGGAAAGGAGAUGCAACACCAACAAAACAAAGUGGGAAGAAGAAGAAGACAUAG